AUGGAAAUAAAUGGAUAAGAAGAUUGCAUAUAGUUAAAGAAAAAUGUAAAUUCAUCUCAAUAUAAAUAGUUUCUUAUUAAGGAAAAUGAAUGGAAAAAAGAUAAGGCUCUGUACGAAUAGAAGAUUUAGUUAUUGGAAUUAUAAUUGGAAGAUUACAAAUUAAGAGAAAUUAAUUAAAAGAAACUGAAUGAUACAAUAACAUAAGCUAUAGAUAUUUCUGGAAAAACUUAAGUAUGAUUCUCCUUUUAAUAUUGAAGUAAAAAAGUUAUUCUGAAUUUCAAAAAUCAAUGGAAGUAUAAUUUUCUAACAAUAAAAAAUAUUAAGAAUGUAUUACAAAAUUAGAAGAGAAGGUAAAUUUAGUUUAUAAUAAAUAGCUUAGAGGUUUAAAUGAAUAACUAAACGAUAAAGAAAAUUAAUUUAAAGAUCUUGAAAUAUUAUAAUAAAAAUAGCAUUUUACAAAUGAACACAAAUUCUAAGCUUUGGAGUAGGAAAAAUAAUAAUUGUUGUAGGAAGUUUGUAAAUUAAAAGAUCAAUUAUAAAAAAUUGAAGAUAACUACAAGUCUAAAGAGCAAUUAUUGAAGUUAUAAUGUGAAUAAGAAAUCUAAAAGAUGAAAGACAGUUCUUUUAAAGAUAUGUAGGAGAAAUAAUUAGAUUACGAUUAAAGAUAUUAAUAAUUGGCUUAGCUAUAUGAAAAAGAAAAAGAUUAAUUGUAAUAGAGAUUAAUCAAAAGUUAAAAUACAAUUAAAAAAUAUUAAGAACAUAUUGAAUCAAAGGAGAAUUAGCAAUUGCUUUAAAAAUAUGUCGAUGAAAUAGCUGAAUUAAAAUAAUAAAUAGAGGAAUAACAGAUAUAAUUUUAAUAAGAAAAAAGUAUAAUAAAAAAAUAAUUAGAAGACUUGAUGAAGUAAAUUAAUUAUUUUUAUUUAGCUCUUAAAAUAAUUAUGAUAGUAAUUAAAAAAAGAGAAGUGUAGAAGUUUAAUAGAUGAGAAAUUCAGUGAUUUCACAAGAUAGUCCUAUUAAAUGUAAAAGUAUUCAUAUUUCUUAACCUGAAAACAAAUAGCCUACAUAAUAACCAAAAAUUUAAAUAAACCCUAUAAAUAAAUCUAAUGAAAAAUAAAAAUAAAUACAAUAUAACAAUUUAUCUUUUGAGAAAAUAAGAGCAAAUAAUUAAGAUACCAUUCCUAUAUCAAUUGAUGAAUAUAAUUCUAAAAUGAGUAAAAAAUCAAAAUCACAAUCCACUAAUUCAUUAUAAUACCAAAAUAAUAAUUUAUAUUCUUACUUUUAAGAAGCUAGCAUUAUUAAAGAUGAAUUAGAUAAUGGAGAUGAAUUUAUAAAACAUAAAAUGUCUCAUCAAUUAACUACAAGAUAUAACAACAAUGAAAUUGAAUAAAGAAGAUCUCAUUCUUAGUAAGGAUUUAGUAAAAAUAAUUUGUAAUCAGUGAACAAUCUUAGUAAAAUGUUGAUAUAGCCUGAUCUAUGUAAUUUAAAAUAAGCAACUUAAUUAACUACUUAAUAAAAGACUCAUAAUACAUCAUUCUCUCAUUUUAAAGUACCUGUAUUUACUUAAAGUUAAUUAAAUAAUUUAAAACAUAGUUUAAAUUAAUAGCCAUGGACGACAUUAAGAAAAAAUGAUUCACAUCUUAAUCAAAUUUAGUCGAUUAAAGCAAGAUUUAAUAAUUAAGAAGAAACUAUUCAAAAUGAUAAUGGAAAAACAAAAAAUGUAAUAUUUUUAAUAGCAGUAGAAUAAAGAGAAUCAAUAUCCUCCAAAAAGUGUUCAUAUCAAUAAUGAGAUUAAAUUUCUAAUAGGGAAGCUCUUAUAGGCCAAAGGGAAAUUGUAAUCAGAAUUAGAGAAUACUUAAAAGUCAUGCAGAUUUAGAACUUGA